AUGGCCGCUGCCGUGGGGUGCGCGUCCCUGGAGGAGGAGCGGCGCUCCGGCGACGGCGGCGCCGCGCCAUGGGCACCCGGCCGAGAAUGUUUCCUGAAGAAUAUUGCAAAUGUUGCUGAGAGUGAGGCUCAAGAUGGUGAAUUCCCUGAUAUUUCCCACUAUGAAAAUGACGUCAGUGGAUUUGCGGUUGAAUCUAUUCACUCCUUGUCGGAUCUGGAAGAGUCGGAGGGUGAAGCAUCCAGUGUGUCUGAAGUUGCAGCUUUUCCUGAGCUCCAAACUGCUGCUGAAUACGAGGUGGAGGACUGGGACAAAGAACUGGAGGAUUCUGAACUUAGUCCAUAUGAUGCUGGCGAUCUCCCCUGUGGAAGCUUUCAGGAGAAUAAUCUUUUGGCCUUGUAUUCGUGGCGAGAGGAUUCGGUGUACAAUCCAGGGUGUCACCAUGCACCUUGCAUUACUUUUACAUCACCCAUUAGGAUCACUGAGGCUGGACAGUUUGAUGAUGCUGAAGAAUAAGGUUGCCCCUGGGCAGAACUCAGUUUGGCUUCUGAGUUGGACUGUGUUCUUCACUGAUUAAUGUCAAGCCCUUUGG